GUGUCGGUAACGUCAGGGUGGCGGUGAGGGGGCCUACAAACACCCCAGCCGUGAAGACGGAGGUGAAAAAUAAUCGAGAAAAGUAAGAAAAUUGAACAAGCUAUGGAGGCGGCGGCGAGCACACCUGUAGGGAGGGACACGGGGGCACUCGGCAGGGGGCGAGCGGGCAGGCUGGCGGUGCUGACGCGGUGUUAUUGUUUGCUUAGGAAGGCGUCGCGGUGUUUGUCAUGAGACGUGUGUGUGUGUGUGUGUGUGUGUGUGUGUGUGUGUCAUGCCUACUCAGCGCUUAACUGCUGUUUGCCGCAGCGUCCUGGGGCGCCAGCGCAUCGUUUCGUUCUUAUCGUUAAUGACAGCCCUGGUGCCCUUGGCCCUGCCCUGUGGCGAUGUUUACAGCCUCGGGUCCGGGGUGCAGGCGCGGGUGCAGCCUGGUGGCAGGGUUUCUCUUAAUCCUGCUGGUGGUGGUGUGCUCGGUGCGCCGCGAAGGUGUUGACAAUCACGCGAGCUGUCACGUGAGAGCACGCGAUACAGGCUCAACAGGCACACGAGUUUGGGCCAGGUGAAUGCGUAACACACAUACAUACAUACUCUCUCUCUCUCUCUCUCUCUCUACCCCCCCUGGUCUCGUGGCCUGCGUGGAGGGCCUGGCGGCGUGUGGCAGUCGCCGCCGCCUGGCCGAGUUUAGUGUGUGGUGAAAGAGGAAGUGCGGGGCUGCGGGCUGGGCCGGGGCUGGGCUGGCUGCGUCACGGCCCCACUGCCAGGCAGCGCCACACCACGCGCUCGCUGCCGCGCCGCGCGGUAGUCAGUCAGUGUGCCUUGUGCUGCCGGGAGGAUGACGUCGCCCGUUCCGUCCACUCGUUGAGUUCUCACGUGACUCCCUCCAGCGGCGUGUGUUUGUGUGUGUGUGUGAGUAAUGCCGAGAGCCCCCGCGGCGGUGUCAGCGGCAGCGGCUCGGGGCUGCGGGUGGCACAGUGCUGGCCCCCGCGUGUGGUGGUGAGGGCCGCGACGCGGGUUAACCAUUGUGAUAUUGAAGGAUCUCAAGACAGCGGCGGCGCCAUGCACGACGUGGACAGGUACCGCGGCUCGUGCCUCAUCGUCUCCAAGCCCCGGGGCGGCCGCAGCCACCCCCGGGGACGCCUACCGACUCAGGACCCAGGCCAGCAGUCCCCCCUGGAGCCCCCCACCGGCUAUCUGCUGGAGGGCGGCUCGGCCCUGGCGGGGAUGCCACUCUUUUCGUUCUUGCCACAGCGGCGGGGCUCUGGGCGCUCCCACCAGGGGCGGCCCCAGCACCACCUGCACCACCCCAGCCCCCACCACUACCACCGCUACCCCCACCCCCACCAGCAACAUCAUCAUCAUCAACAACAACAACAACAACAACAACAACAACAGCAGCAACGUCGAGUGCAGCGACAGCAACAGACUGCCAAGCCCGGCGAGUUUCCUCUCGCCGCCGAGACGAGCAGCAGCAGCAGCAGCAGUAGCAGCAGCAGCUUGGAAGCCGGCGAUGAGCUGGAUCGGCUGCCGCUGGCGCGCCUGGCACUGCACACGCAGGGCGCGCCGCUCAUCCUCAGCAGCCGGGGUCCGCCGCGGCCCACACGGGGCCCGGAGGCCGAGGCCUCGCCGCCCGCCGCCAGCGACGCCGUGUCGGUCACGUCGGACGAGGGCAGCACCGGCCACGCCGAAAACUGUCUGCCGCGCAUCAUCAAGCCUCGCAAACGUCGCAAGAAGGACCGCAAGCCGACCGCGGGGUCGCCGCCGCCGCCGGCGUCUGAGGGUGACACGAGCGGCUCCAUCGUGACGCUGAAGCCGUACCUGCCCAUGUGCUACUCCUACCACGCCAAGGGCUGCGAGGGGUCCCGCGCCUGCGGCUGCGGCGCCUGCGUCACGUCCCACGUGUUCCCCACGCCGCCGCCCUCCCCCGCCUCCUCCUCCUCCUCCGUGCCCUGCAGCCUGUCCUCGGCGUCGUCCUCGUGCUCGUCGUCCGAGGACGAACCCAUUCUGGGCUGGACGGGGGGCCCCGGGCCUGGACCAGGGCCGGGGCCGGGGCCACGAGGGGCCAGCAGCGAGGGCCGCAGCCAGCUGGUCCGCUCCCUCAGCGAGCCGCAGGCGGCCUCCACGCUGCACAUCUCGUCCAGCGUCACCCAGUCCUUCGCGGGGCAUCGUGACCUGGAUAUUCGCAUUGUGAGCGGCGCGCAGCGGCAGGCGGCGGCGGCUGCGGCCCGCACGCGCCACUGGUCAGUGUCCGGCCCCGCCGUGGUGCCCCGCCCCACCUUCCAGGACGACCGACUCACCUACUGCCGCAACGCAGGUGAGGCCGACCGUUCACCCGCCGUGCCCGGGCCGCGGGGCGCGCCAGGCCCGUCUUGGCCGUGUUUGCGUUAGUACGAACCCUGGUACGAACGUGGCCAUGACGCAUCCCUCCCCCUUCUGUCUUGCUGGGUGUGACGCGCCGCGGGGGUGUUUGUAGGCCCCCUCGCCGCCACCCUGACGUUACCGACACGCACCACCACCACCGUCAUCAUACACCACACAGACCACCACCACCACACACACUACCGUUACCACACAAACCACCAGCACCACACACCACCACCACACAGACCACUAGCACCACACACCACCACCACACAGACCACCACCACCACACACCACCGUCACCAUACACCACACAAACCACCACCACCACACACUAGCACCACACAGACCACCACCACCACACACCACCGUCACCAUACACCACACAAACCACCACCACCACACACCACCACCACACAGACCACCACCACCACACACCACCACCACACAGACCACCACCACCACACACCACACAGACCACCACCGCAACCCCAGCACCACACACCACCGUCACCACACACCACACAGACCACCACCACCACACACUAGCACCACACAGACCACCACCACCACCACACACUAGCACCACACACACAGACCACCACCACCACACACCACACAG